UGGCCAGGAUAAAGGGUCAAAGGUGAACACGUGGGAAUGAAGAUGAAGGGUAAAAAGCGAGCUGGGAAGAGCACGGACUUUUCAAAGAGAAAGAAGAAGUUGGGGAAGGAAAAACGCCCGCCAGAAAAUGCCACGAAGAUUAGUUUCAAGUCUGGGAGCAUCGUACUUCCGUCUCAACUGGCUUCUAGUCCCAGCCAGCAACCAACAGGGAAGAGGAAACUUGGACUAGAGGCCCUACUUCGUCAUCUGAACCACUUCAAGCCAGCCAUGAGGUCAGACGGGCUGACAGGGCUCAGAGAGCUCUUCCAAGACCACCCACAUCUACUGGUUCCCAAUCUCGCCAAACUGGUUGGUCCUGUUCUCGGGAGACUCAUCGACUCCGACCCGACCGUCCGUCACUCCCUCCGCACCCUCCUCGGCACUCUGUUUGCGGGGGUGACCCCUCACCACGUUCAGCCUCAUUUCCCCUCCAUCGUGGCUCACCUCAGCUGUGGGCUGACGCACAUCAGCGAUAGGGUCCAACUCGAUUCUCUCAAGGUUUUCCGACUCCUCCUGGAUCAGUACCCCUCCCUACUGCCUCCACACGCGCAGCACCUGCUUCCUCUUCUGUCCGGUCUCAUCUCUCGUCAGCGAAGUGGGUCUGCUUCUGUGUCGUCGGGGAGGGGUGGUGGGGGUGGAAAACAGGUUGGUCUCGCUCACGACCCGCGCAGCAAGCUCUCGAAAUGGUCGUCUAGAAUCGAUGUCUUCAACCUCUUGUCUCGAUUCCUGGAGUCAUUGUUGGAGUAUGGCAACAGAUCAGAGUUGUCUGAUUCUAGGGGCGCACCGACUAUUGUUGAUCUGGAGUCCCGGAGAGUGGUGGUCCAGAAAAGUGGAGAAUUUGUCGCGGUGGAAUCCAGCUUCUGCGACUUUUCUGGGCCCGUUCCGUGCGUGAUGCCUCUUCAAGGGCAGGGUCUUCCCUACAAAUUCGCCGAAUCUCUCUCAACUUCCGAUGGAGUCGUUACUUCACCUACAAUGGUCGCCACAUCCAGUGCUCUGUCUUUGCGCGGAUCUAAUGUCGUGUUUUCCGACGUCUCGAAGUUUCUCGAGUUCUCUGAGAGUCUGUUUUCGAUCAUCCUUGAGUGUUGGGUCGAGUGUGCAUCCUUACAAUCCCAGGGUCUGAAAGACUCACUUGUAUUGAUGGAGACAAUUGUACAUCUCCUCUCUCUGACUCUUAAACUCUCUCUGUGCGUGGGAUUGCCUGGUGCAAGUGUGGGUCUGCCCUUAUGCGAGACUACACCGCAAUCUACAACAGCAAUCGAUGUCCUGCGAGAAAAGCAUUCGGCCAAUUUCUCAAAGCAUUUCCUGGCAAAUUUCCCCCUCCCUCGAUCCUCACCCUCCAACAAUCAGUUUGUGCAGUACUUGAAGAUGAAUCUAUCACUCUGUCACAUCACAUCGAUUUUCCUAUCGAGAGAUGGCAAUCUGUCAUGUCAAGCCCUACAGACCGUAUACUCCUACUACGCCUCACUCUCAAGAGUUACCUCUGCCCAGAAGUCGAUUUCUUCACAGUUGAUGCUGGAAUAUUCCAGAAUAAUCACCGACACUCUUCCUCAGCUACUAGCAGUGGUGGAAGAGCUUAGUCUUCCCGAGUCUUGCCUUGAUUCUUUGCUCAGAGGAGUUGGAAGUUUCUACCACAGCUGUCACUCUCAGUCCUCGGCAAAGAGGUGUCUCAUUCAAUGCUUUCAUGGUCUCCUGCAGACUUCCAGUGACAGAUCAAGAUUGUUCAGUCAGUUUCUCUUGCCAUGGCUGGAGAGUUUACCUCAACUGCUGGUAGCGCUGGGCCAAUCAAGCCCGCCACUCUCUGCCUUCAUCAUCCACACCCUUGCUUCUGCCACCUCCUACAUCCCUCUUACUCUGUUAGAGCAGCAUAUGGUCACUCUGCUAGGGAGCGAGGGAGUCCUCACCCAGCUCUCGUCCCUCUCUCAAAGGAGGUUUGCCGAACUCCUGUGGCAGGUUCCCACCCUCUCCCCUCAAUUGUUGGGCUUGGUCGGAGAGUGGGUGUGGUCAACUGGUGGGCGUGUAAACUCGUCCGUCGCCUCAUACUUAGUGGAGAUUGUCCAUCACAAGUUGCUGAGGAAGAAGGAAAGUUCCAUAUCAGAAGCUGAUAGGGCGACCCAGUAUCUCAUCUUCAUGCUGACUGUUGUACUAGGUAAUGCACACGAAGGUGGUGAUAAAGAUACCACCUCACCGUAAGUUAAGUUUUUCGUCCAUAGUAGUCUCAUUGCCAUGCAAGCCCUGGAGUUCUUUAGGCUCUAUUUGAAAGAUACUUUGAAGUUUUGUUUAUGGUGCCUGUAAGGACUUUUUGGAUUGAUCUAUAGUUUCCUGCUUUCACUGUAGAAGUGAAUGCAGCUCUGCCGUCAUUUCACUGGUGGAUAGUGGCCGAGACAUGGAGCAGAGAAUAAAGAUCAUUGAUGUUGUCUGUGAGUGUGUAAGGUCAACCUAUUUCAGUGAUCAAGUUCUGGAGCUUACUGCCCAUACAUUGCAAGCCUUUCUGGAGGGUGUGCACCAUCUGGCAGUUGACGUUGCUCUCGGAAUUCUCUGCUUCCUUCAAUGCAUUUCUUCAGGGGUGUCUGAAGUUCCGAGACACGUUGUGCCCCCUCUUGCCAGACUCUGUUACUCUGUGUUGAUGUGGGCAUGGCAGCUGGGUUCGGGUGGGGGUGUGGCCACGACCCGGUGUUGCCUGGUUACAAAACAGCUCCUGAAACAGUCUCCGUCUCUUCUGGUGUCUGUUUUGGAGCUUUUUGCCUCAGAGACAGAGGAAGGUAGAGGGGUGAGAGAGAUUUCGGACUGUUUUCUGUCGCUACUGGACAGUACUGAGCUCAACCUGGCAUUGAGAGGAUGCCCUGUCGCCAUUGCUGAAACUGCAGCUGCUAUUUCAGGAGCUCUAACAGAAGCAGAGCAAGACCUGAGGGUAAGAAUAAACUUUUCUGUCAGGAGAUUUUGUUCAAGACCUUGACUUAAUAUGUGGCGUUCACCUGUGUAAAUGUGUAGCAGCCAAAUUUUUUACUGUCAGCAUGCAUGCACAGCAAGGGUUACAGUACUUGGUUUGUAUAUACUCACUAGUUUAUUAUGUGUAUUACACUGUUUUCUCAAACCUGCCAUAACCUAUGUAUGUGAGCCGGCAAAAAUAUUUUUAUGCUGUAAAUUUAUAUAAUCUCACACGAAUACAAUAAAAAUAUCAGUGAAUUAUAACACACUAGCAACAGUAAUGAAUGCUACAAAGCCAUGCUAAAUAUUUUACACAUGAGGUCGUUACGGUAGGGAAUUUAAAAAAAACAUGAGAGAGAGAGAUACGAGUGAGAGAGAGAGACUUUUUUCAACUACUGUCCAUAAAUUGGAUUCUUGUGUUCUGUUGUUGCACUGUGAUAGAGAGGGUUUUCAUUCUUGCUGUACUUGACUUUCUCGAGCUCAUUCUCAAAUUUCUUCAGUUCAAUGUAAUCCAGGACCAUAAGCAGAAUCUUGAGGAGUAUGAGAGCCAGUAUUCCGAGGAGGAGGAG